AUGUUCACUGACGUGAUCCUGCUGAUCACGGCCAGUCUUGACAAAAUUAUGGCAAGUCUAGGCAGUCAAACAGACCCCACACAGAACUCUUUGGGUGCAUUCAAGUGUUAUUUUCCUGGCUGCAACGCCAGCUACCGGCGCAAGGAACACUUGCACCGCCAUGAAGCAAAACACUUUCAGCUGCAGGAUUUCUCGUGCACAAAUUGUGGUCGUGGAUUUGGACGAAGUGACACACUUCGACGUCAUGUCCGUCAGCAUCACAAAAUAAUCGCACCUCCCAAGCGUUCCCAGCGUGCCUGCGAGAACUGCCAUGCAGGGAAGUCUCGGUGCGAAGGAGGUGUGCCAUGUUAUGGGUGUCGACGCCGCAGGAUCCAGUGCUCUUUGGACGACUCGGCUGGUUCAGCAGAAAAUCAAUUUCCCCGGUCUGCCACACAUCGUGCAUCAAACACGAUGCCAAGAUUACAGAAUUUCGAGAAGGCCGAGCAGUGCAUCAGUCUUUAUUUUGAGGUAUUCCACCCCUAUUGGUCAUUUAUACACAAAGGGACAUUCAACGUGCAGCACGAAAUGCCCUUACUUGUUCAAUCAAUCGUUGUUAUAGGCCUGUGGGCCAGUGGGGGAGAGUCUGCGCAGUCGGCUGCGGUAGAGCUUCAUGGCAAACUUGACUUGGCUAUUCGAGAUCAAAAGGAAAAAUGGGAUGUCUCGGAAGUAGACGGAGCAUGCAGCCCCGGUUUCUGGCCAAUAGCCUCAUAUCAGGCUAUCCUAUUGCAUAUUGUCUUCUCUCUUGUCAUCAGCAGCCCGGGAGCUAUCGAGUUCGACUUAAAGAUCUCCCUUCCUCCUGGUGAUUUAGGAUUACUCUAUGCACUUGUCGGAAGUUGUCGGAAGCGGGGCAUGUUCGCUUAUCCGAACAUCCUCGCUCAAUAUCAAGAAGCCAAUCUGGCUUCAUUCGUCUGGGUUAGCGUGGAGGAAAUCAAACGAUUUAAUAUAGCUCUGUACAAGGUUUGUAGAAAAGCAAGCAGCUCCAACGUGACAGAUGGAAAUCAGCGUGGCACUAGUGCAGUUAGGUCUCUGCUAACUGCAAGUGAACUUCAAUUUCCCCUGCCAGAGAACUGCCCUCUGUGGAAUGCGACUAGCAAAGACGAAUGGACGGCUCUCAUGAAGGACGAAAAGUUUGUUUCAUUAUAUGAUGACUGCCAGGAGAAGUGGAUAUCAAAUUUCGCCCAGGUUUUAGAAUUUUUUGAGAUAUAG